ACCCCUCCCGCCCGCCGUAGCCUGCGCUUCCUUUCCAAGAUGGCGGCGCCCACAGGGAGGAGCGGCCGGCGGGCGUGGGCCGCGCUUGUCCCCGCUGCCCUGCUAUGCCUGGCGGCCCGGGCGGCCGCGGAACCGGGCGCGGAACCGGGCUCGGUCGGGUUCGACGUGCGACCCGGCGGAGAGGUUCACUCCUUCUCCCGGAGCCUGGGGGAUUACAGCUGCACCUUCACCUACUCAUCCCAGGGAGGGACCAACGAGCAAUGGCAGAUGAACGUUGGGAUCAGCGAGGACAACGGGCUCUUCUCCUGCUCCAUCUGGAGGCCCCAGGGGAAGUCUUAUCUCUUCUUUACCCAGUUUAAAGCUGAAGUGAAAGGAGCCAAGAUAGAGUAUGCCAUGGCUUAUUCUCAAGCUGCUGUGGGUGCCCAGAACGACAUCCCCUUAAAACAGGAAGAGUUUGAAGUCACCGAAACAACAGUGUCUCACAGGGAAGGCAAGUUCCGUUCUGAACUGUCCAAGCUCAUGAUUGUAGCAAAAACACCCCGUGACGAGCUGUGACCCCCGAGGCCAGCCCUGGGCAGGGUGUUUUGGCCAGAAGGACGUGGCAGGAAAAGAAGAUUCCUGGUUUAAAUGAGGGGUUUUUUUUUUGUUUUUCUUUUUGGGGUUGGCCAAACUUUCCUGUUUUUCAAUACUGAAACGUGCUGGGGUCCGACACGAGUGGGGCUUGGAGGUGUGAGAGGGCACAUUUAAUUCUGUCUUGUGUCAGAGUAACAACGUGCUUUUGCAGCUGGAAACCUCCCUGGAGAUUCCUGAUCCACAGGCAGCCAUUCUGGGCCCUCCUCCUGCUUGGCUGAUCUGCUGAAUGUGGCACAGGGGGCUCCUUAUCUCCCUUGCUGGGAAGAGCAGUGCAGGAAGAUAAGUGAGUGGCUGGAUUUAAGCAGGGUUUGCUGAAGGGAAGUUGUUAACUCUGUAGCCUCUGGAGGGGAGAUGGGAUUUCUCCCUCCACCAGCGUGGCAGGAGGAAAUAAUUCAUUUAGGGAGGAGGAGAGGAUGGAGUUGGCCAAAGCUCUCUUGAGACUCUUUAUGGAGAGAUCAUCCCUGGGGUGGAUGCCCUGGACCUGCCAGAGCUGGGCUGGGAUGGCUUGGAUGGGGGGGAAGGCAGAGCAGCUUAUUCUGACACAACCAGGAAUCAAUCCAAGCAGCACUUCCACGUCUCAGCACAACCACAAGACUGUUUUAUACCUACAGGAAAAGUGAUUUUUUUUUUUUUCUUAUCUAGAGUAAUAACAGGGAAUGUGCAAUCCCUUUCCUGUGUAAAUCCAGCACAAAUAAAGCAAUGAAGCAGCGUGCUCUGGC